AUAGCGAUGCAUUUCGCGCUGGUAAAGCCGUUGCUAUGUAUACAAACUGUAAACAAAUGAGUCACAGCAUAUUUUUUUUGCUAGACAGAAGGAACCAUGUGACAAACAGCAAAAAUAUUCAAUGACUUGAUAAACAAAUAUACCCCCCCAGAAAAUGUUAUCCACCGUUUCACCUUUCUGGAAUAUUGUGUUAAUAAUGCUUAAUGGAAUUGUGUUUUGGACUGUGCUCUGUUUGGUUCUUAAAGAAAGAUGGACUUUGAUUGCAAGUAUACGACACCUGCGAAGAGCGAUCUUCCGCGUGAAAUCGUUGAUGGAGAGAAUGGAAGAUGAACUAGAUGACUGCAUUGAAGAGAUUAAGACAAAUGCAGUUGAAAGGAGUGAGAAGGUAGGAGAGAAGAUUGACGAAUUAAAUGCAGAGAUGACUCAGUUGGUACAAAGAUUUUUUUGUUUAGAGUCCUCAAUUGAUGAGGUACAUGGCAUAAAAAAAGAUGAACUGCAAACAACAGAAAAUGAGGAAAGUGAAGAGCCUUUAGUAGGAGAAAUUACAGAGCCAAAAGGCAUAAAAGUGUUGUGAAGUGAGAAUGUAUGUUAAAUAAAAACAUGUCUGUGUGUUGUCAAACAAAAUUUGUGAA